AUGUCGCUCCGUUCUUCCUCGAGCCGCCUCUUGGCGCGCGCUACCAAGACCGCCGCCGCCACUGCUGCCCCUUCUCGCGCUGCCGCGGUUGCCGCACCACGAUGCCUCAGCACCGCCUCCAACCCGUGGAAUGCGGUCGCCAACAAGCCGUCCGCUCAGCGUCUCGUCUCCGCCGUCCGUGCCUUCUCCUCCUCCUCCUCCGCUAGCGCCGACUUUGAGUCGCCCUUUGGCGUCAACUCGCUCAGCAAGUUCACUGAAGAAGAAGAGAUGCUGCGUGAUGCCGUUCAGCGUUUCGCGCAGGACGUGGUGGCCCCCAGGGUAGAGGCCAUGGACGAGGCCGAAAAGAUGGACCCAGAGGUCAUCAAGGGUCUGUUCGAGCAGGGUCUCAUGGGUGUCGAGACGUCGGCUGACCACGGCGGUGCCGGCUGCUCGUUCACCGCUGCCGUCAUCGUGAUUGAGGAGCUGGCCAAAGUCGACCCCUCGGUCUCGGUGCUCUGCGACGUGCACAACACGCUGGUCAACACGGUGGUCCGCAAGUACGCCAGCAAGCAACUGCAGGACAAGUACCUCCCGCAGCUCUCCGAGAAGACGCUCGGCUCGUUCUGCCUCUCGGAGCCUUCGUCCGGUUCGGACGCCUUCGCGAUGAAGACCUCGUGCAAAAAGUCGGACGACGGCAAGACGUGGACGCUCAACGGCUCCAAGAUGUGGAUCACCAACUCGGCCGAGGCCGAGUUCUUCAUCGUGUUUGCGCAGUCGGACCCGUCCAAGGGCUACAAGGGCAUCAACGCGUUCGCGGUCGAAAAGUCGAUGGGUGUCGAGAUUGCCAAGAAGGAAAAGAAGCUUGGCAUCAAGGCGUCGUCGACGUGCACUCUAAACUUUGACGACGUCCAGGUGCCUGCCGAGAACCUCAUCGGCGAAGAGGGCAAGGGGUACAAGAUUGCCAUCGAGAUCCUCAACGAAGGGCGCGUGGGCAUUGCCGCGCAGAUGCUCGGCCUGGCGCAGGGUGCCGUGGACAAGGCGGUGCGCUACGCCGCCGACCGCAAGCAGUUCGGCAAGAAGAUCACCCAGUUCCAGGGCAUGCAGUUCCAAAUCGCUCAGAUCAUGCUUGAGAUCGAAGCCGCCCGCGCCCUCACCUACAAUGCGGCUAGGUUGAAGGAGGAAGGCAGGUCGUUUACCAAAGAGGCGGCCAUGGCAAAGCUCUUUGCCAGCCAGGUCGCACAGCGCGCCGCGGGCAGUGCCAUCGAGUGGUGCGGCGGCGUCGGCUUCACCAGGGAGACGGGCAUCGAAAAGUACUGGAGGGAUUCCAAGAUCGGCGCGAUUUACGAGGGGACGAGCAACAUUAUGCUCGAGACUAUUUUCAAGUUGGUCGAGAGGGAGAUGGAUCUCAAGUAA